AUGGGAGCUACGGCGCGUGCAAGAGGAGACAUCACCACCAGUGCACUCCUCAGCUGGGAAGCACACUUUGAGGGUGCUGUCAGUCCGGUGAAAGGGUUUGGCUAUCAGAGUAUCCAUGUAUCCCACACCAUCGUCGAUGGCGGCAUCUUGACCGAUUUUUACAUUGGACAUCGUCUUAACGGCACCAAGUGGGAACAGAAUGAACAUCUUAGGUUGUCUCCAGGAAGUAUAGUAGAAGUACCUUGUUCCUGCACCUUGUCAAGCAACCUUGUUUGCCGACUCAGCAUCACUCAAUGCCCUGAUCAACCUACCACUGACUGCGAAGGUGAUCUGGAGGUGAAUUUAGUCUCAGGGGGAGACGGAACAAUCACUAUUCUGUUCUAA